AUGUGCAAGGGGGUUCAGUACUUGAAUGAUAUUAAAGAUUCUGUUGUUGUUGGAUUUCAAUACGCUUCUAAGGAAGGUUCUCUGGCCGAGGAAAACAUGAGAGAGAUUUGCUUUGAAGUUUGUGAUGUGGUUCUUCAUGCUGAUGUUAUUCACAGAGGAGGAGGCCAGAUAAUUCCAAUUGUUAAGAGGGUUAUUUAUGCUUCCCAGCUUAUUGCUAAACCUCGGCUCUUGGAACCUGUAUACCUGGUCGAGAUACAAGCACCCAAAAAUGUAGAGGCCGGGUACUCAACUAUACAACAUAAGGCUUACCUUCUAGUCAUCAAGUCCUCCGGUUUCUUAGGUAACUUAAGAGAUGCUACCUCAGGACAGGUCUUUCCUCAAUCCGUGUUCGAUCAUUGGGACAUGAUGUCAUCUGAUAUCCGUAAGAAAGGGUUUGAAGGAUCAUAUAACACCUCUUUGUGA